AUGGAAAAUCGUCACCCUAAGAAGCAAGUAAAUACUCUUGGGAAGCGAAUAAGAAGAAGUGCAUCAAACAUCUUCCAAAAAUGGAGAAAGGAACCAAAAACAUCAGGUAUCAAUAAUAUUGUUUAACUGUUCUCUAAUCAGCAGCCUGCUGUUGUAUCUAUUUGCUGCUUUGCAAUGUCUUACUCUAUUUUGCAUUUGACUCAUUUUGUCGUUUACAAGCAUAAUUAAGCAACCCAUAGAAUAAUGGUCAAAUUUAUUAAUUGAGUGUUUGUUGUUAUAACUGAAGGUCAAUCUGGUGGAGUUGGGCAAGCUGGUACAAGCACAAGUUUUGAUACUGGUGAGCAAAGUAUCAAUUAAUAUUAUUACUUCUGCUAAAGUGGCCUGUAAUAUUCACACUUGGUUCAAUUAAGACUGUUUAUUUAUUCUUGAAGGUUCUGAGCAGAAAGUAGAGAGUGUUAUUUCAGAUGAUCAUGGAACAUCAGCUGGUGCAAGCUGCCUUGAUCAAGGUACAUUAAUUGUUUAGUUAAACAUUUUAGAGAAGAGAAGUAAUGAUGUCAUGAAUUAAAUCUGUGAAAUUAUGGGAUUGAUUGGCACAAAUUUGUCAGAAAGAACAAAUCAUUUACAUCAUAUAAUUAUAGAGGAGAGUAGUGAUGAUGUCACAAAAACUAAAUUUGUGAAAUUUUGGGAUUUGUUAGCAUAUCAAGAAAGAACAACUUGAAAAAUGUUGACUUGCUAAAAAUCAUCCUGUCGACCAGUGCAAAUUGAUCCAAGCCAAUGAAAAUUUCAGUUUUUGUGACUUCACACUUCUUAGCUCUUCUCUACAAUUGUAUUGCUGAUACUGAUCAGUGGCAGAUCCAGACCUUCAGAAAAGGGGGGGGGGGGGGGGGUGGGGGUGACAGUCUGGAAAAAAAUUUACCCUGUGGGCCUCUGAUUGAUCUAAAAAUGGGGGGGGGCCUCCCCUGGAUUGGCCACUGCUGAUAGAUGCCACCCAAUAUUAACUGUAACAGUGAUAUAUCCAAUAAAAUGAGUUAACUGGUCAAAGCAAGUCAAGUUUCAAAUCUUGAGAAACUGUCACAUGCGUAGCUUUAGGAACAAGAUGUUUCAAAAUCAUUUUUUAUAUUGGGAAAUUAUUUAAGAUUAGUUGUCCAGUCAUGUAAUCCCGAGAAUCAUACUUACGUUGAUUUAUUAUUUUGUUGUUAAAUGUAAUUGUUGAUAUCCGUCUGGAGGAUUUGAGCUGGAUACAAGCCCUUGUUUUCCUGCAGUUGAGUCUGAGUCCCGGGGGGGAGGGGGAUACUUGUUAUAAGAGGCUAAUGGGGAUGUGCUGCUGGAUGGGGUCGCAUUUUCAUGACUUGAUUGACUAUAGUGGGGUUGCAUUUUCAAUAGAGUUACUUGAAUGGGCUCACAUAUUUUCUGAUUUUUGGGGUAAGAAAGUUCUUCACUUUUACAGUUAGCAAACAUACCAGAAUGUUUGUACUGUUGGUAAAAAGUAAAGUGUUCGUCAUUCAAUUUAAAAAAUUUGUCAAUUCAUUAUAUGAUGACCAAUUUAAACGAUUUAUAAGUAAAACUGUUAUAUACAUAAAUAGACAGUGACUAAGCUGGGAUCGCGAAAAUUAAAUAUAAUUAUGCCCAAAAGGUGCUACGAUGGGGUCUAUAAUUGGGCAUAGAAUAGACUAUAAUGGGGUAGGGGCUCUGGGAGGCCAGCGGGACAUACCCAGCAAAAAUUAACACAAGUACCCCCCCUACCCUCGGGAGUUGAGUAGGGCAUUUUGUAUAGCUUACUGGUAAUAUCAUUUUUGUAUAGCCAUGUUGUAGCUUAUCCACAUACAGUGAAACCUGUAUUAAGUGGAUACCGUAUUAAGUGGACACCCUCUAUUAAGCGGACAGUAGCCGAAGUCCCAAAUUUUAUUUCCCUUAUUUACUUUAAAUGAAACCUUUAUUAAGCAGACACCUCUAUUAAGCAGACGCGGACACCUAAAAGGUACCUGAAAUAGUCAUUUCUAUUGUUACCAACGUGUAUUAAAUAGACACUUGUAAUCAAAUUCCACCACCCAACAUGCCGGACACCAAAAAAGGGGAAGGAUUACCUUGAAUUGCCACCCACAACUUUUUCGAUUUUGACAUUAAAAAACGUGACUUGGCGAACUUAUUUUAUUAGUUUCACAGUACAGUAUUGUUUUCUAUUUCGUUUUGUUUAUAUAGAGCUUGUUUCACUCAUCUGAUUUCUUCAAAUUUCAGUUGCAAUCUAUGUUUAUGGUACUAUGAUCAAUUGGUCCACUUUGAUAAAGAAAUUACUGCAAACGUAUAUCGUGAAAGUCUCUGGGAGUAUUCUUCACAUUUCCACUGUUCAUUUGAAUGGCAUUUGACAUCUAUAUGACAUUAUCUAUCGAAACCUGUAUUAGGUGGGCACCCUGUAUUAAGCGGACACUACAGCAUUCCCCGAGGGUAUCCGCUUAAUAUAAGUUUCACCUGUAGUUUGUUUUGAGAAACAAAUUUAUUGUUAUUUUAUCACUCUUUAAGGUUCUGAGAAGGAAGUGGAACUGCGUGUUGCAACUGAUGACGUGGAAGCGUCACUUCGUAACAUACAUAUAUGUCAAAGCAGCCGUGUUGAUCAAGGUAGAACUUUCAAUGUUACUGACAUUUUAUCAAGCUAUUUCAAGUUAAAAAAUUUCAGUUUUGAAAGGAAGCCAAGUGUGAAACAUUGCUUGUGAAAUAAUGAAUUUUUUGCAGAAGAGUAAAAAAAUCAUUAAUUUUGGCAUCAGUGGCUUGUCACUUAUCCUUGCUUUGAAACAGAAGCUUGGGGCAACUCGGAAAUAACUAAUUAGCAACAGAAACCUUUCCUUUCCGAUAAUAAAUUAAUGUUUGUGUCCCUCAUAGCUAGAGGGCGCAUUUCCUCUCCCCUGAUUUCCAUUUUUCAUAUUUAGUAAAUUUUAAGCUACUGUCACAUGCAGACAAUCUGCAUUUUCUUCCAACUUAGCGAAUCCCCUUACAAUUGAAAAGAGGCCCUACUUCAUAUCUUUUCUUGUUUCAAAGCCGUGCCAUUUUCGGAAAGCAUUCUAUUAUAUAGGUACGCUGGAGCCAAACUGGGGGAACAAUCUCCCUUUUGAGAUCAGGAAUAAUUCAUCUCGUCAUUCUCAAUAAAGAAUUUUGACCAAAAUUCCCCCCCCCAAAAAAUUGUAGAUCAUGGCCACCGCAGCACUUAAUAAGCAUCGUCUAUUUUUAGCGAAGCUCUCUCUCUCGCGCGCAAAGCGCCCUCUGUAGGGCCGUAGUAGUCACAUGACCAUCCUUACGUCCGCCUUUUCAUGUAAGCCAGGGAAAAGUGUCGAAUUCAAGCACCCGCGUGUUUUGGCGGUAAAUGGCCACCUGAUCUUUUAGAGAAAAAAGCAAAGACGACAAAGAAGAGUCUUCUUUUCUACAAAAUUUCGAUUAUAUCUAACUUCCAUUGUUCUAUUAGUUACAGAUAUUUUUUCCCCCAAAAUGAAUGGUCCACUGUACGUAAUGUUAUAAGCACAGAUUUGAAAGAUUUGUUUGUAGUGGUUUCAAGUUUAUGUUUUGUUUGAGUGCAUUUAUAAGUGCAACAACGAGAGCUUCGCCUUAAGACUUGGCUAAAUCUGUGUAAUAUUUUAGAUGCAUAUCCCAUUUUUUUGUAGCUUGGUUCAAACGUCGAAUUUCACAUUUGCUGACUUCAAUGCUAAUGACGAAAAUCUAUUGGUUCCCGCUCAUUUACGUCAGAUUUGGCAAGUGUGAAAUGCGACGUUGGAACCGGGUUUAAGAUUUACUCCUGCAGCUUAGAAAUAAAUUGAAUUUCAGGUGUCCCUUAUUAGUAAAGGGACAACCGACUUUUCCUUCAGCGACGUCUUUACCCACACCAAAAGAGGUCAGUUAUCAUCGUCUUGUGGUUUUUGUUCUCCUUGGAGGCAACGGUUGGGAAUUAAAUCCUCGCGCUUUUCAAAUGUAUCGGCUGAAGUAUUUUAGAAUUUUGACGGGCCAUUUUUGAUCAUUUUUUGGUAAUAUUUUGUUGUUAAUAACUUUGUAGCUCCAAGUGGCCUUGAGCAAGAGAGUGGAGCAUCAGGUCCAAGGCUCCCAGUUCUUCAUGAAAAUGGUAUUGUUAUGGUUAACAGAACUUUUAAGUAAAUAAAUAAAUUAUUUAUUAUUAAAAGAUCUCCUAUAUUGAUGAAACGUCUUUCGCAUACGACCUGGAAUUCAUUAUUUUUAUUAUUCUAUCGCCACAGAAGCACGCUAGCAUUUUCUUACCAAUUACGCUAGUACUCAAUUUCUCGAAAGUUUGGAAGCCGUAUUUCGCGAAGAUUUAGAUUUUAGGAGCACAAAUCAUGCAAAGCACAGUAUAAUAAUUCGGGAUUUGCUCAUUUGUGUAAUCACAUAAAACUGAGACCGAAUUAAUUACAAGAGACCGACAGGCAAAGUUCGAUGCUCUGAUUGUACCCGCAAGAACUUUUUGAAAGAUAAAUAUUAAUUGAUAUUUUGCCUUUUUUUCUCAAUUAGAGCCAUGUUCCGUACACGGCGGUUUCGAUGUAAAAACCUGCCGAAGUAAAUUAGCUGACUAUUACAAGAACUCAGCAACUGUGCCCACAUCCGUCUGGUCCACGUUAGAUCCUGUUGACAUCCAUGAAAUCUACACCAGAUUGUCGUGGGUAAAGCAGGAACAACACGCAGCUGGGCCAUCACAAACCGAGCUGAAUCAUUACUGCGAUCUUUUCACUGCGAACAAGAGCGAUACGUUACCCAAAAGAAUACUCGUGCAAGGACAAACGGGAAUUGGGAAAACAACGUUUGUUAAGAAGCUGGCUCUAGACUGGGCUCAACUCAAUCUGGACGAUGAAAUGGGUUAUGACGAAGCUGCCGUUGCCUUGAAGAAGUUCGAACUUCUCGUUGCCGUUAAUCUAAAAGAAGUAUCAAAACAUCAAAGCCUCAAAGAUGUUUUAAGCUGUUCCAACAUUUUUGCCGAGGAGGAUAAAUCCAUGACAGACGGCCUUCUCAAAUAUAUCACCGACAACCAGGAUAAAGUUUUACUUGUGUUCGAUGGCUACGACGAGUAUCGAUGCGGACGCGACUCUGACAUCUUCAAGAUAUUCAAAGGUGACAAACUGAGAGACUGUUACGUAUUGAUAACCAGCAGAAUUUCCAAAGCGGAUGACUUGCGAGAAAGUAGAGUCCUAAAAGUCCUUCGUGCUGAGAUUGUUGGCUUUAGCCACUGUGACAUUUCGUCUUACAUGAAGAGAAAGCUUGGGAGCGAUAAAGAUGCAGAAAAUCUACUCGAUCAUUUGUUUGAGAAAGACCUGUUUGCUCUAGCAGAAAGCCCAUUACUUCUCUUAUUUUUAUGCAGUCUGUGGAAAGAAGGUCACCUGGAGAGCUGGCCCAAAACAAAAACAGAUUUGUAUGUGCAGAUGGUCCAGAGCGUAUUAGAUCACAACCAAGCGAAACAUUCUGCUUCUGCUUCUUGUGACUUUCCUGAGGUAAUAGAUUUCAAGGAGAUCCUUUGUGAAAUCGGAAAGGUGGCGUUAGAUUGUCUUUUCAACGACGAUCACGUGUUUGAUUACAAACAGCUGCCUCCAUCCAUUUUCUGCGAAGAAAGUUUUUCUUUGGCUUACUUCAAGUAA